AUGGAUUGUACAGGUUCGAUGGGUGUGUACAUUGAUAACGCUACAAAAAAUAUUCGUUUCAUUGUCGACGAAAUUGUAAAUAACGAAAAGAGUGAUAUACGAUUGGCACUUAUUCAAUAUCGAGACCAUCCACCUCAGGACAGUACAUUUGUGACAUGUGUACAUGAUUUUACAGACAAAGUAGAAGAGAUGAAACAGUGGCUUGGACGAUGUCAAGCACAGGGAGGUGGUGACACACCCGAAGCAGUGGCCGAUGCACUUCAUGAUGUUCUCACACUUUCAUGGCGUCCAGAAGCAACUAAAAUCUGUAUCCUUAUUUCGGAUGCACCACCACAUGGACUUAAUUCGUAUGAUGAUACUUUUCCAAAUGGAUGUCCUCUUGGUUUUGAUCCAAUCAAAAUUGUUCAAGAAAUGGCUGAAAAACACAUUACACUCUAUACAGUCGGUGUUGAACCAUUCAUACUUCCUUAUCGUGACUUUUUUAUGUCACUGGCAUACAGUACGGGUGGCCAAUAUGUUCCAUUAGUCGAUGCCACACUUUUAGCUCAAGUUAUUAUUGGUGGAGUACGUGAAGAAAUAUCGUUAGAUCGUCUUAUGAAAGAUGCUCAUCAAGAUAUUGCUAAGGAAAUAAAACAAGCUGAACAAGAUGGAAUUAAUGAACGAGAGAUGACUAUGAGAAUUAAUCAUAUUUUGACUUCCAAGAAUAAACGUGUUAAACAGAUGCAUAACACAUUCGGAGUGACAUCAUAUCUAGUCGAAGAAUAUUACUCGAAAUGUGUUGAUAUGCAUCAAAUGAAAUCUAUAUAUAAGAUGACAAAAACAACACAAGAAAAUAAAAUGGAUGAAAUCAGUUAUGUGUUGAAAGAAGAUAAUGUGACCGUUGAACAAACAAAACGUCUUAUUCAAAAGGUCAAAAAUAGAAAGUUAGUCAAGUCAACUACUAUUAAACCAAAUGUUGAUGAAACAAUAACAGAAAAACAAACAAAGAAGAAUAAACGAAAUAAUCAAAGACAAGAUUAUGAUAAUUCAAGACUUCGUAAACGUCGAUUGAAAGAUGGAGCAAUUGAUGUAUUAAUCAACGCCGAAGAUAAUUAUCAAGAGGAUCAGAAAGAAGGAAUUCUUCAUGAUGAUGACAUAAUGAAAACAAAACAAUUACAAGAUCAAGUAGAAAAUCCAUUAGACAAGCAAUUUGUCGCAGAAAAACAGGCUGAGAAGAUCAAAACAAAGAGACGUAAACAAAUAAGUUCUGCAGACGUCGAUGUGCCGAAACAGAAGACAAUCAAGAAACCAAGAAGAAAAUCAAACAACAUAUCUGACUAUGCUAAGGUACCUGAUGAUAUACACAAGCCCGUAUUUCUUACUGACACUAUUAAUCACAAUUCAACAAAUCAAGAGAAGUUACAUACCGAACAAAUGCUUCUACCUACUCAUCCAUUCGUUCGGUCAAAUAACAACAUUUUUUAUCUAAUUGUUUCUGCUGUACUUACAGUAAUCAUUUCUGUAUAUUUUUUUUUCUUUAAAUAAUGCAUUAAUGACAGUUGGGACAUAAAUCAUUGCAUAAAAGGUUUCUUUACUUCAAAAUACAAAGUCGAAUAUCAGCAGUAUAUAACUAAAACGGUUAUAAAAAACAACUGUGUUCUCAGUAAUGAUGUACUCUUACACUAUCUCAAUAUCACAUUUUAACGUUUCCAAUAUAACUUCUGUUUCUUCAUUGUUGCAGACAUGUGUAUUAACACUGAACAUCAAAAACAUUACAAACUUUUCAUUAAGUUAUUAACUUUGUUCAUACACGAACUCAAUUCCUAAAUCCUGUAGACCAAAAUAAAAUGCCUUGUGACAGUCUCUGAUUUUUAAACAAAGUUUCUCUUCGAUUCUUUUAAAAAAGCAACGAGUAACUUUGCUAGGAUGUUGACAAAAUGAUUAUAGCUUCAAAAAUAGCUCAUUCUUUUUUACAUUCUGAUCGAGCUGUGCUUACAGACAACAGAUCAUUUUCACUCUAUUAGUACCAGCUGGCGUCAUUUUUGAUUCCAUUCUCGGAUCUCAGCCACCAUAAAGGUUGAAGGUCUGAAAAUUUGUGUGUACACACUCCACCAGAAAUGUAGGUUAACAGCACAAAUCGCGCAUUCUUUGCAUCAGAUCUUGAAAAAUUUAGAAGAAAAAGUCAUAUUUUCUACUUCGCUUCUGACAUCAUAGAAAAAUCAAUGUUGCUGUUUUAUCUGUAAAGAGCAAUAGAUUCUUUCUCUGCACACUGAUGGUUGUAGUAAAUGGCCCCAGUUCUUCAACGGGUUGAUGAACUUGAAUAAAUUUUGGGUGUGGGUGUGGUGUGUGGGUGAGUGUGGAUGCAGGUGUAGAAGAAAAGAUCCAAUACACGCACACUCGUGCAUACACUGCACCUACACCACACCCACAUCCACGCCUACACCUCAUCCACACCCACACCGACACCCACCCUCACCCACACCGAAACCCACACACCCACACCCAUACCCUCCAAUUAUUUUAGAAGUGUUGUUUUCUUUAUUCGAAAUACCUUUUUUUUUAGGUGAAUCGUUGUAUUUUAUAUCGGUUGCUAUGUGUCUGCCAUUUUCAUCGCAUAAACCCUCAAAACGGUGCUUUUCACUAUGGUGACUUUUUCAUUGGUUUAUCUUCAUCACCAAUGAAAUUUUUUCCUCCGUCGUGCUAGCUCAUCGCGUUGUGCUAGCUUCUCAUCGAUAUAUUAAGAGGACCAUUCAUUCUGCACCACCCGUUAGUAUCCUAUCAGUGAUAGUCAUCUAUUUUAUCUACGUUUUGGUAGCUAUUGCAAGACGGCCACUUGCUUGCAGUUCGAAUCAAAGGUGCAGUUAAACACAGAACUAUAGCAGUUUUAAUGACAAAUACAACUUAGAUUCAGAACUCAGAAAUCGAUUUUGGUGCCUGACUAUCCAUUACGAUCCACAUCCUACACCCCAAAACUGAGCAUGCACGAUAGAAAAUAGGACAGUUUAUUCAUGAUCAAUGUAGAGAACUGCUUCUCUUAACGAAGAAGCAUCAACUAAUACGAGAGAUUCUAUUACAAAUGAAAUAAAAAUGGCAGCAGUAACAACAGUAAUAAUAAGUUCUGUCAGAAGUGUUUGUUUGUCUACAAAAAAGAUAAAUCGUCGAAGGUGACUAUUAUCUCUCGUUUUUCUCUUACUCAUACUCUUUAUCAAAUCAUCAAACAAUCAUUAUUUUACUUAAUGGCUUGUCCUUCAUCGUUUUUUUGAUCAAAUAUGUAGCUAACGAUAAGAAGUAUUAACUUAGUUGCAGUAAUUUUCUUAGAUAUAUUAUUAUUACGACAUUCUAUUCUGAGUAAUGUGAAUAUAUAUUGCUUGUCAUUUCUUAUUAUCUUGUAUAAAGGACUUAUUAAAGAAAAAUUCAAAAAAGAAAGCAAACUAAAAACUGCGUCAAAAUAAUGGGUUGAAGAAAGAUUGAUUAAAUGCACAGAGUAAUAGAGAAAAAAGAACGCUGGAGACACGACUAAUAUUUAGAAGUCCGAAUAUCAGUGAGAAAUCUGGAAUACGAAACUAUCGGUGAAUAUAGAAAAGCCGCACAUCAAAAGUAUCUUGGACACCUGGGAAGUCUAGCAUAUCAGAAGGUUUGAGAGGUCUUGAAGACUUCAUGCGCGAGCGCAAUUAAAAACUCAAUUGAAAUUCAAAUACGUGUAGAAUUUUUAUGCGAUUGCAUCUUUCAUAUCGGUUGAUUUUUCCGUUCGUGAAUGAAGAGUUGUUCAUCAGUCGCUGUUCCCAGCAUCCCGUGCAGAUUGAUGUUCAUUGGUUGAUGUUCUAUAGAAAUUGUAUCAGAUAUAGAAGAAACAAGCAGAUAUGAAUAUUUAUUUAAGACAUGCACUGCCAUCACCCACAUGUGGCUUGUUGUAAGCUUAUCAAUUAGCGAAGCAGUGUAAUACUGCAAAUAAGAAUCCAGAUAUGAAAGACUCGAGUGUCCUACGAAUCUCCUAAGAAUCCCAGAUAUCCCAAACUUUCUAGACACUUUCCUGUGGUUUUUCUAUGUUCAACGGUAGUUUGAUAUCCCAGCCUUCCCAUUGACUUCUGGAUUCCUGGUAUAUUGGCUAGCGCUGAACAGAAAGCGUGUUUCCAGAAUAAUCUUAUCUUUGAGUAGUUGCAUCACUGCAGUUCGCUUAUGAGAGUCCGUUCAGACGUGUCAGACAGCAAUCAAUGAUAGAGAUGGAGGAACCAGUGGCUAUGCCUAUCGUUGUCAAACAUGAUGAACCGAAAAACUCACUGCUACCCUCUUCUUGCAGUAAGGGAGUUUUCUGAAAACUUUCUUUAGGCAAAUGAUUGCUGAUGAUAGACUUUUCUAGAAUUCAAUCUCAACGAUAUAGCGACCAGGAGAUAUUAGAGCUGAAUAAAGUCCAAUCCUCCCGAAGCAGUGAUUCUGUUUAAUAUAUCGAAUUUCAAAACUUCCCGUCAUGUUAUGAAAUUUUUCAACUGUUUUAGUCUUUUUUAGAACGGCUUGAAAAAAGCGAUUGGACCUUGCCACGAUUUGUAAGAAUACCAAUGCAUCUAUUUGCUUUGCGCUCUAUUAAUGUUCUCUUUCAUGUACUGCGACACAUUUUGAUAAUAAAAAUGAAUGAUAAAAAGACAAAAAAGGAAUAAAUAAACAUCAGUCAGAUAACAUAUAUGCUAUUAUUUAUUUAUUGUAGUGAAUUAACUUGACAAGUCUACACUAAAAUUCUCGUUGCUCUAGUAUAACCCAUGACUAAUCUAGUGUAUCAUUCGUGUUUUUGUGUACUUAAAAGGUGAGUACACUCUAGAAUCGGUCAGUGUGUCCGGCCGUCCGUUUACACGAUAACUUUUGAAAGGAGAGUCAGAUCACGAUGAAAGGACGGGGGCGCAUAAGACCGUAAUUUGGCCCAUUGAACUUUUCAUACUGUAUCCAGCACAAUCAUAUAUCGGAUGAAAGAGCUUCAACUGGCGAGUACUUUCC